AUGGAUUUUGGGAUGGCCGACGACGCGGCGGCGGAAGAGGGGCUCACCCUGAGCCUGUCGCUGCAGCCGUCGCCGCCGAGGUUCCAGGCGCUCUUCUCCUGCUGCUACUGCCCGAGGAAGUUCCGGAGCUCGCAGGCGCUCGGCGGCCACCAGAACGCCCACAAGCUGCAGCGCAACCUGGCGAGGCGGGGCAGGGAGGCCGCCGCGUCGCUGGCUGCUGCGGCGGCCGCGGCCGCUGCCUCGGGCGACCAGCAAGGUAGGACGCUCGGCGGCUCAGGCGCAGGCGAGAGCGGCGGCGCCCCCCCGCUGCGCGCGACGGAUCUCGACGCCGGCGUGUGGGGGGCCGCCGGGAUGAUGAGGGGGCCGCAUGAUGCGCGCCAUGGUGGUGCCCCGUCUUCCGUCGCCGGCCGGGGAAACGGGGAGCUCUCCGACGAGCUGAUUGAUCUGUCCCUGAAGCUAUGA